UCAAAUGAGUUUCACCGCAGGAGUUUGUUUACCUGAAUCGAUACCUCCUAUCGUGCCCCCUACCACUUGGACUGCUUGGUUUAGCGUGGAUGACCCUACAGACGGUACGGAAAACGAGACACUAGCAGCAGUCAGAUCGGCUUACCCAUCGGUGUGCGUCAGCCCAACCCAGGCCGAGUGCCGAGUGAAAUUCCUCCACACUGAUUACGUCACUGCCGGACAGUCUUUGGUCUUUAGUUGCACUCCUGCUACCGGACUCCUGUGUCAAAACUUGGAUCAACCUCAUCCCCAGGAGACAUGCCUGGACUAUGAGAUCAGAUUUGAAUGUCCAACACCUGCAGGUGUUUCUCUAGUCUCGUCACAACACGCUUGCCACAACGGAUUGAAGUACGAUCUCAACUCUAACAAUCCACACCGAUGGGUCUUACCGUACGAAGAUCCAUGCGAGUAUGUUGCUGUACUCGGCGGACUGACUACUCAUAAUAUAUCAUAUCAACAGGGGGCGCCCUUGUAUCUGGAUAAGAUAUUCGUCAGACUGCAUACAAUCUUUGGUUGCCAAUGUUAUCAAAAAGUUUAUGAUGACACCAAAGAUCAGUCAUCAACCAGCGCCAUUGAGAGGGAAACAACCAUCUUCUGGGAUUGUCCAGUGGAUUUCUCCAUAAUUGGCAAACCAACUGAGCAAAGUUCGACGCACAGUGUUCAAUACUCAUCUUACAAGGCUGUAGACGGCAAAGGUGUGACAGCAACACAAAACGGAGAUUGCACACACACAACGGAUAAGGAUGGUGGCGAUAUAGAUCCUUGGUGGAGAGUUGAUCUUGAGGGCGAGCAUUGCAUCAGAACGAUUACAAUCAUCAACAGGAUCUUCUGUUGCAGCGAUCGUUUGACUGGUGCCGUUGCUAGAGCAGGGAUAGACCCCAUCCUUACCAACAACGACAUAUGCGGGGAACCAGUGACGGCUGAACAGGCUGCACCACUUGGUGGCAUCAUUGAGUUUAAAUGUGACCCGCCGGUGAGGGCGCGCCACGUUUUUGUAGACAUACCAAAAGACACGCCUGCAAAACUGCAGCUGUGUGAGGUAAUGGUGAAAGAAUUUCCCCGUGCAGUUUGUUCACCGUUAGAAGUGUAAUUGAUGCUGCAAAUCACAAACACAACG